AGUAAAGUCGCGGGUCACUGACUAACAAAAGAAGGGAUUAGGGAUUGUUAAAAUACAAUGGCUUCACAAGUUUCUGCGUAUUCCACUGCUAGUUCGGCUUUUUAUCAAAGUACGAUCGCUAGCACUGGAAUCCAGAGAGAAACCUUUGGUGAUCGUAUGACACAAACUAGACUUUGGCUGUACAACCCUGAAGAUGGAACUGUUAUGGGAAGGACACCAGUUGAUUGGGUCAUUUACAUUGUUUGCAUCUUUGUGUUCCUGUUUUGUCUACUGGCGAUGUCAUCUGUGUUUUGUGGCAUCUUCUACUGGGUGAUCGACUGGAAUAAUCCAACACUGCAAGGCGCUAGCAGUAUUUUACAGACUCCCGGGAUGUCUUUUAGACCACAACCACGUCUAGGAUCAACUCUAGUGAGGUUUUUAAAAGGAGACCUUACUACAUAUGCACACCAUUUGGAUCACAUUGAAGCAUACAUUCAAUAUUAUGAGAAUGCGCUACAAGUUGGUGACCGUUACAAGGACUGUAGCGAGAUCAGAAAACGCAGGACAGAAGAGUUGGAUAAAGUGUGUGUCUUUGACCCUAUUGUGUUAGGUGGAGAUUGUGUGAAGCAACAGAAUUAUGGAUUUGAUGACGGCCAGCCUUGUAUUCUACUAAAGUUAAACAGAGUGUUUGAUUGGAUUCCUGAGGAGUUUACACCUGAAACUGUCCCUGCAUUGAUCAAAGAAAAAUGGGACGCUGAUGACCCAUGGUGGAUCCAUGUUAGAUGUGAUGGCGAUGAUGAUGCCACCAGAGAAAACAUGGGAGACUUGUCCUACUUCCCACAGCAAGGCUUCCAUUUCAAGUACUUUCCAUUCCGCAACCAACAGGGCUACAGGUCACCUCUGAUGUUUCUACGGUUUGAGAACCCUCACCCAGGGUUUCUACUUAUGAUGACCUGCAGAGCGUUUGCCAGAAACAUUAUACACGACCGUGUAGAGCAGGUGGGCCAGAUACAUUUUGAAGUUAUUGUUGACUGAAUACUGAACCUCUAAAGACAGGUUGAUCUGAGAUGUGCUUUAUUAACCAAAAAAAUAGUUCUCAUGAAAUUUGUAAUCACAAUUUGUCAUUCAGUAACUUCUAAUUGUGCAAGUUAGACAUUGUCUUCCCUGAUAAGUGCUUUAAUCACAUUCACCUAACUAUUCAUAUUGGAUGUGCCUGCUUGUAUAUAGAACUAGUUAUCAAAAAUGUAAAAUUGGACUCAUCUUUCAUAUGCCUUGAGGGUUGUCCAUAACUGAUUUCAUAUGUGGGGGAGGUGGCUUUGAGACUGCUGUGAAAAGUUUUAUAUGGGCAGAAGAGAGUUUUUUCAGGAAAAAAUAUUUUUGUAUUUUUAAAGUAUAAAUUUUAGAACUGUGAUCUUCAAACAGCAGUUUAUGUUGUGCUAAUUUUUUUUUUAUCAUUGAAAGGUGGGAGGGAAUAAAGAGUGACUAAAUCUGCAUUUAUGGAUGGUCAUUAGUGACAGACAUGUACAUUUAUCUAACUAAAUCAUUAUUUCCAGUAUGUUCGUAUUGAGUUGCUUGAUGCUGGAAUUUACUAUUUGUUUUAUGCUAAUUUAAAAAGUAUUCUUUUUAUUCAGCAUUUAUUAAUGGUUGAUUUACAUUUUUUUUGUAAGUUUUACUUUUCUAAAAAUAUUUGUACACACAAAAAUACAUUCCUUGUGAAAUGACUUACAAAGGUUGUGAAGUCUAGAUUGUUAUUUGAUAUGUUCUUGGAGAAGAUAUAAAGUGCUUUUCUCUCUAGUUUGUUGUGUUCAGCCAUUUAGUCUUUCAAGAAGUUUACAGUUAGUUGUUUUAUCAGAUUUUCAAGUCAAAGAGUAUUUUAAAUAAAAUUGUUUUACAAGUGCAGUGUAAAAAAGUUUUUAUUACAUUCAGAGUGUAAUUUUUUGUAUGUUAUUGUCAUUAAUGUCAAAUGCCAACAUUCCAUGAAUUUUUAAGCUCCUUUAAAGAAAGUUUUCCAAAUACCAAAUAUUAGUUUUUAAAGCUAUUAUUGUUUCAUAUACCAAGUCUAGCAUUGACAUUUCAUGAGAUUUUUUUAUAUUUUUUAAAAAUGGAAUUACUGGUUCUCUUUAUAGGUAAAACCUUAUAUUUUCUUAAAGAUGACAGUGUUACUUUGCUUUCAGUUUUAUUUUGCCAUCUCUGAGUAUAUGUGAAAUAAGAUGUAACUUGUACAUUCCAAAUGAGAUUGCUCUUUUUUUAACUUAUUGUAAUUCACCUUUUAAAAAUAUCAGAGUAUUAUUAACAUGGCAUAAUUUCAAAUCACAUGUAAAUAUAGUUGAAAAAUCAGCUAGUCAGCUAUGGUGGUUAUGAUCUAGUCCUACUUAAGUCAUUUUAAAAAUUUUAAAAUCAGGGUAUUGUUGCCUAUUCCUAAUUUUUUAAUUGAACUCUUUGAAUAAGGUGAUUUAUGAUCCUUUCUUACUAAAGUAGUUCUAGCCAUAUAUAACCUACAGUAUUUUCUUUGCAAAUUUAAAACAAUCUAUUGACUUGUGAUGUGUUUUUACCAAAAUAAUCAAAGACUUUUAAAAAAAAUGUUAUGAACUAGUCAAAUUAUAUUAUGCGUGAUCUUUUUUAAUCAAAGUAAUUAAGGUGGCAUGAAACUUAUGGUAUUUUCUUUUCAAAUUUAAUUUUUAAAAUUAAUGUGUGAUGUAUUCUUACCAAAGUAAUUAAAGGUUUACUAAAAAAAAAUGUUUAAUGAACUAGUCAACCAAGUCUUACCAAAGCAAUUCAGUAACUUACAGUAUUUUAUAUCUAUUUUAAAAAGAACUUGUCUGACCAAAGUAAUUCUGGUCUCUUAAAUCUACAGCAUUUUCUUUUUUACCAAUCUAAACUACACUAGUGAUGUGUAAUGUAUUUUUACCAAAGUAAUUAAAAAUCUGCUUAAAAAUGUGUUGAUGAACUAGUCAAAUUAGGUGAUGUAAAGUUAUUCUGGUUGCAAAAAAACUUACAGCAUUUUCUUUACAAAUUUUAUAAUGAACUAAUAAUGUGUGAUGUAUUUUUACCAAAGUGAUAGAAAGUCUGGUAAAUAUUUUUUAUGAACAAGUUGAAUUAAGUAUUGUAUGAUCUUGUCUUACUAAAGUUUAUCAGACAGUAACUUACAGUAUUUAGUAAAUGCAUUAAAAAGAACUAGUAUUUCCAUGAACUUGUUGAUUUAGAUAUGGCAUGAUCUAGUCUAGUAUAUCAGACAGUAACUUACAGCAUUUAGUAUACACAUUAAAAAGAACUAGUAUUUCAUCAACUUGUUGAUUUAGAUAUGGCAUAAUCUAGUCUAGUAUAUCAGACAGUAACUUACAGCAUUUAGUAUACACAUUAAAAAGAACUAGUAUUUCAUCAACUUGUUGAUUUAGAUAUGGCAUGAUCUAGUCUAGUAUAUCAGACAGUAACUUACAGCAUUUAGUAUAUACAUUUUGUGUUCAUGUACCUUCACAUGGUUUUAGCCUUAUGUUGCUACCAUGUUAUGUUAUACAUUCUGUGAAUAAUGUUUAAUGGGGUUUUGGUACUUUGUUGUAAAAAAAUAUACUUUUUGUUAUUAACAUUUAUUUUUUAUUAAGCAUCAAGGAAGAACUGCUUGUUUAUACUUUGAAUAAUAAAUAAUUUUCUUCUCAAAAUUUUAUAACUUUCUUAAAAUUAAUUAAUGCAGUUUACUUUGUUUGCUCCUGCUUUUAAUUACAGGUGUAUUCUUUAUAAUGUACCAUAUUAUUUAAUUAUGUUUUUCAUUAUCACAAUUAUUUAGCCAGAUUCCUUCUUUUAAGAUGGUUGUUAACAUAAUUCAUUUCCACUUUGGCUUUUU